GAGCCGGUGCCCGGCGCGGCGGGUCUCCGCAACCACGGCAACACGUGCUUCAUGAACGCCACGCUGCAGUGCCUCAGCAACACCGAGCUCUUCGCCGAGUACCUAGCCCUGGGCCAGUACCGGGCGGGCCGGCCCGAGCCGUCGCCUGAGCCCGAGCAGCCCGCGGGCCAUGAAGGCGAGGUCACCGAGCAGCUGGCGCACCUGGUGCGGGCGCUCUGGACGCUGGAGUACACUCCGCAGCACAGCCGCGACUUCAAGAGUAUUGUAUCAAAGAACGCACUGCAGUAUCGAGGAAAUUCCCAGCAUGAUGCCCAGGAGUUUCUGCUUUGGCUUUUGGAUCGAGUUCAUGAAGACCUCAAUCAUGCUGUAAAGCAAAGUGGCCAACCUCCUCUGAAGCCACCAUCAGAGACUGAUAUGAUGCCCGAGGGACCAUCUUUUCCUGUGUGUAGCACUUUUGUACAAGAACUUUUUCAAGCCCAAUACAGAUCAUCUUUGACAUGUCCGCAUUGUCAGAAGCAGAGUAACACUUUUGACCCUUUCUUGUGCAUUUCUUUGCCAAUCCCUCUACCCCACACAAGGCCUCUCUAUGUCACUGUAGUGUAUCAAGGGAAAUGCUCCCACUGCAUGAGGAUUGGUGUGGCCGUGCCUCUGUCUGGGACUGUUGCCAGGCUUCGGGAAGCAGUGUCGAUGGAGACAAAGAUCCCCACUGAUCAGAUUGUGUUAACAGAAAUGUACUAUGAUGGAUUUCAUCGUUCCUUUAGUGAUACAGAUGACCUAGAGACAGUCCAUGAAAGUGAUUGCAUUUUUGCCUUUGAGACUCCAGAAAUAUUUAGACCAGAAGGAAUUCUCAGUCAAAGAGGCAUUCACUUAAACAACAAUCUAAACCACUUGAAAUUUGGCUUGGAUCAUCAUAGGCUGUCUCCUCCACAAACAGCAGCCAAGCAAGGGAAGAUGGACUCACCUGUUAGGGUGGCAAGUGACAAAAUUGUUCUGCUGGUGUGUAACCGUGCCUGCACUGGGCAGCAAGGGAAAAGGUUUGGACUGCCUUUUGUCCUGCACCUAGAGAAGACAAUAGCAUGGGACCUUCUGCAGAAGGAAAUCCUAGAGAAGAUGAAAUAUUUCUUGAGGCCUACAGUCUGCAUUCAGGUGUGUCCAUUCAGUUUGCGUGUGGUCAGUGUUGUCGGAAUAACAUACUUGCUGCCCCAGGAAGAGCAGCCCUUGUGCCACCCUACAGUAGAAAGGGCAUUGAAGUCUUGUGGACCUGGUGGCACAGCUCAUGUGAAGCUUGUAGUGGAAUGGGACAAGGAGACAAAAGAUUUCUUGUUUGUAAAUACUGAAGAUGAGUAUAUCCCUGAUGCAGAGAGUGUCCGUCUGCAGAAGGAGCGUCAUCAUCAGCCACAGACCUGCACUUUAUCCCAGUGUUUCCAACUCUACACCAAAGAGGAACGGCUUGCUCCAGAUGAUGCCUGGCGGUGCCCACACUGUAAGCAGCUGCAGCAGGGGAGCAUCACAUUAAGCCUGUGGACUCUGCCUGAUGUUCUUAUUAUACACCUCAAAAGAUUUCGCCAGGAAGGAGACAGGCGCAUGAAACUUCAGAACAUGGUCAAGUUCCCCUUGACUGGCCUGGACAUGACACCUCAUGUGGUUAAGAGAAGCCAGAGCAGCUGGAGUUUGCCAUCCCAUUGGUCCCCAUGGAGACGGCCUUAUGGACUUGGGAGGGAUCCUGAGGACUACAUCUAUGACCUGUAUGCUGUGUGCAAUCAUCAUGGCACCAUGCAAGGGGGGCACUACACAGCAUACUGUAAGAACUCUGUGGAUGGUCUCUGGUAUUGCUUUGAUGACAGUGAUGUACAGCAGCUUUCUGAAGAGGAGGUGUGCACACAGACAGCCUACAUUCUUUUCUACCAGAGGCGAACAGCCAUCCCUUCAUGGUCGGCCAACAGUUCAGUGGCAGGUUCCACAAGUUCUUCCCUGUGUGAGCACUGGGUGAGCCGGCUCCCAGGGAGCAAGCAAGCCAGCGUGACCUCUGCAGCCUCUUCCAGACGCACUUCCUUGGCCUCACUCUCUGAGUCUGUGGAGAUGGCUGGGGAAAGGAGUGAAGAUGAUGGAGGCUUUUCCACUCGACCAUUUGUGAGAAGUGUCCAGCGUCAGAGCUUGUCAUCCAGAUCUUCUGUCACCAGCCCCUUGGCUGUCAAUGAAAAUUGCAUGCGACCUUCUUGGUCCCUGUCAGCCAAGCUGCAAAUGCGCUCCAGUUCUCCGUCCCGAUUCUCUGGGGACUCGCCAAUUCAUGGAUCUGCCUCCACUCUUGAAAGGAUUGGGGAGGCGGGUGACGACAAAGUCUCCAUCUCUUGCUUUGGUAGUCUGCGGAACCUUUCUGGUAGUCACCAGGAACCAAGCGACAGUCACAGUCGACGAGAGCACAAGGCUGUGGGCCGGGCCCCGCUGGCUGUUAUGGAAGGUGUGUUCAAAGAUGAGUCAGAUUCCCGUAAAUUGAACUCCAGUGUUUUAGACACACCAACCAAAAACUUAGCACAAGGGGAUUGCUUGCCCCCUGUCUCUGAUCCAUUUGAUAACAAUAACCAAAUUGCUUAUGUGGAUCAGAGUGACUCUGUCGACAGCUCCCCAGUCAAAGAGGUGAAACCUCCAAGCCACCCAGGUUCUUUCACAAAGAAACCAGAGAGCACAACAAAAAGAUCCCCCAGUUCCAAACACACUUCUGAGCCAGAGAAGAGCAUUCGGAAGGGGAGGCCGGCCUUGGCAAGCCAGGAAUCUUCUCUUUCAAGUACAUCCCCUUCUUCUCCUGUUCCUGUAAAGGUUUCUCUGAAACCUGCCCGCUGUCGGAGCAAGGCAUCAGAUUCUUCCAGGGCCAAUGGAAGGCAUUCAUCUCCUGCUCCUGCCCAACUCAAAAAAGAGUCUUCCUCUAGGUCCCAGGAAUCCAUGUCAUCUCCUGCUCAGCAGAAGCAGAAGUCUGCUUCUGCCUUUACUUACAACUCUACAACUGCCAAAAAAGCCUCAGGCCCUGCCACCAGGGGCCCCUUCCCUCCUGGGAAGAGUAGGACUUCAGACCGGAGCUUGAGUAGAGAGGGCUCCAGACAAAGCCUGGGUUCUGACAGAGCCAGUGUCACCUCCACCUCCAAACCCAGUUCCCCUCGGGUGAACCAGGCCAGAACCGGGGAUAGCAGAGGUGACGGCAGGCAUGUCCGGAGCUCCUCCAUGGCUAGCCUGCGCUCCCCUAGUACGAGUGUGCGGUCUGGUCUGAAGAGGGACAGCAAGUCUGAGGAUAAGGGACUGUCUUUCUUCAAGUCAGCCUUGAGACAGAAGGAAACCCGGAGAUCAACUGAUCUUGGCAAGACAACCUUGCUGUCCAAAAAGGCUGGGAGCUCUGUCAGGUCAGUCAGUAAAAACACAGAUGACAAGGUAGAGAAAGGCCACCAGCCUCCAGGCUCACAGCAGCCAAACACAAAUGCAGGUGGAAAAGACCAGCUUGUCUCCAAGGACCCUGCUUCUGCUAAACAUUCCCUGCUGUCUGCUCGCAAAGCCAAGUCUUCACAGCUAGAUUCCGGAGUUUCGUCUUCUCCCAGGAGCAGACCAACUAUGGAGAAAGGCUCCCAAAAGUUAUCUUCUAGCAUGCAAGCAUCUGCACGGCCUUCUCAGAACCCUCAGUGACCCUUCUGCGAUCCGAGUGUUUUAUCUGUACAGAUGUUUAUUUAUUUAGAACCCCUCCCCCACCAAAGCCCUCUGUGCUUUUGUUUUGUAUUUUUUAGGUCAUGUGCCUGACUGUGUGAAUGUGUGUGGGUGCACGUGUAUGUAUGUAUGUGAGGAGAAUUCAAAUUGUUAAAAGCGUCGCCUUAUUCUGCCAUUGAACCAAAUAACAGCCAUAGGCAAAGCAUUGAUACCAAGCUAACUGAAGUAACUAGACAGUAAUCUGGACAGUCCCUUUAGCAAUUGUACAUAGUUCCUUCUAGAGAAAUCUAAUGACUUUCAUUGGACACUAGGGUUUGGAAACCAGUGAACUAAUUUAACUAUCAGUGUAUAGACAGAUGAACUGUUUCAUUUGGGUGUCAUCUGAGCAGAGUUUGUCCUCGUGUGGAUUGUUAAGUGGUAUCA